ACACGGCAGCGAUUGCCAUUGACACUGCCACGCACGCACACAUGCCAACCCUCAUUGCCUUUCGCACAACAUUCGUAAACAAACACAAUGAAAGCUCCCGUUCAGCCCCAAAGCGCCAGUCGAUGCGGCGCUGUCUCUUCGAGCGCACGUAUUACAGAAAGUAUCUCUCAGAUACCCAAACGUCGACUUUGGUGCGCGCCGUACGCCAUCUCGCUCUAACGCACGUAGCCAGUCAAUACGAAUACCUGUAAACGAGCGCGCCAGUCUAUGGGUGUGUGCGAGUGUUUGUGUGAAAAGUCAGCUAGGAAAAUUGUGCAUGAAAAAUCGGAAAAUCGUUGUUAAAACAACAUCACAACACAGGCAAUGAAACAAAGAUAGCGUAUUCAAUUUGUGUCAAAUAACAAAACUCGAACAUUGCACAAACUAAUAUAUCAGAUGUAUACUAAUUUAUAUAUAUAUAUUUCGACAUCAAGUUGUAUAUUCAUUUAACAGACGAAAAAUCGAUCCAAGCGAUGCGAAACAACCAAAAUUUUAAGUCUUUACUGGCAAAAGGAGUACAUAUAUCAUAAAAUAUAUAUAAAACUAAACGGCUAAUUUCAUUAGUAAAAGUUGUGCAGACAAACGGGAAGAAAGAGAAAUACAGUGAGCGACUAAAAAAAAAGUAAAUUACGUUAAUAGUUUAAAAACGCGCAAUAGUCUAAAGCAACAGACGCUGCAAUACGAUAAAAACAAAAAAAAAAGCAACAACAACAGCAGAAGCAACAAGGCGCUUAGUCAUCCGUGUGAGUUACGCCAGCGCAGUUCCAGCUUUCUGGUAGUACAUAGUGCAAGGCACUGUUUGUACCUGUUCCAUUUGCCAGAUACAAAACGCUGCGCAGGAACUUGUGAAUGUUAAUAAUUGCAGCUCGCCUACGCAAGACGACUACGCCACGCUGCUGAUUUCAAUAAUAGUAGCAACAACAAUAAUUAUCGUAGUAACCUGUUGUAUACAUUUGUUGUUCACCUUUCGUUGUCUAAAAACGGUCAAUUCUAAACACACAAACAGACACACAAGCCGAACGAGAGAGAGAGAGAGAGAGAGAGGGAGAAUCAAAAUUCAGUUUACAUACAAAACAUACAUACAAAAUCAAACCCCGGGGCACACCUGUUUGCAGCCACUGUACUCAAAUAGUAUUCACAUCGUUUGCUAUUUAGUGGACAACAGAAUUGAAUUGUUAAAAUGUCGCGUCUAACGGAGGAAAUGGUGAUUGCGCGUGCCAAGCAAUCGGAUCUGGGCUUAAUCAAGAAACUAAAUUGCUGGGGCAGUGAUCUCAGCGAUGUUAAUAUAAUCAAACGCAUGCGUGGUGUUGAGGUUUUGGCGCUUAGCGUCAAUAAGAUCAGCACUUUGGCACCCUUUGAAGACUGCACUAAACUACAGGAGCUGUAUUUACGUAAAAACAAUAUUCAAAAUAUCAAUGAAAUUGGUUACCUACAAAACUUACCGGCGCUCAAAUAUCUGUGGCUAGAGGAGAAUCCAUGCUGCGAGCGUGCGGGACCAAACUAUCGGGCGAUGGUGCUACGCGCAUUGCCCAACCUAAAGAAGCUCGACAAUGUGGAGGUCACUCAGGAGGAGUUGGACGAUGCCCUACGCAACAGCAGCUCUCAAAUGGCUGAGGAGGAUGUCUAUGAGGAUGCCUACGAGGCCAGGCAGCAGCAGCAGCAGCAGCAACAGCAGCGCACAUCUCCCCAGCAAAUACAACAGCAGCAGGCGCAGCCGCCAAGCUAUCCACAGCACUCACCGCAACAGCCAUCACCACAACAGCAACCACAGCUAACACAGAGGGGCAGUCCGAGUCCCAUGAAAGAGCCGCCACAAUUAGCAAGUCCGCUUGCUAACAACAGCGAUGGAACCAAUGUCAGCGAUUUAUAUAGCAAUCAAUUGCAAAACUCAAUGCCCCCAACACCCACAAAGGAACCCGCGCACCCGCCAUCGCCCAAAUAUAAUAACAUUAAUAAAGAGCAACGCACUUCCUUUCAUCAAUAUGAUCACUCGCCGGGCUCUGAUCAGGAGAGUCCACAUGUUGGCUACAGAGAGACGCGUCCAACGCCCCUCCCGCCUAGCAUAUCCUCACACUCGAUGAAGGUAAACAUCGCAAUAAAAAAGACGAAUGGAUGGAGAAGGAUGUCGGAUCGGGCAACUUAUCCGGCGCAUUAUCGUCACAGUCAAACCGAUCUAACGGAAUGGGAGGAGCAUCAGCACCAAGCACCACAGGUGCAUCACAAUCCAUACGGCAGCCAAAUGCAGCUGCAUUAUCCGCAGCGACGCAGCGCGGGCCCCGAGACCGGAGCCGAGCGUUACGCUUAUCGGAAUGGAAGUGCUCGGGAGAAUGGCGGAGAUUGGGAGGUCGAGGAACGCACCAGAUCUAGGCGCCCCGAGGGUCGCUACAGUGAUGCGGUUAGCACAGUUUCGGCCACCGUCAUGAAUCAUUUUGCAGGCUGUCAUCGACGGCCCGUCAAUCGAAACUCCAAUUUACUGUCUGCCACAUUGUGCCUGGUCAAAGAACUGGACUACGGCAGCCUAGAGGUAUUGGAACACGCUGUGCGCUGUCGCAUUGACGAAUUGGCGGGCGAAUGAUGAAGACGUGUAUCUAAUCGCAUGUCGAUUAGCUAAUACACCUAAUGGUCUUGGUAGACCUCAGAGUAGAAAUACCAGUUGGAGGAUAGUUGGUAAACUUAACUCAAAGACCAGACAAAAAGACACUCAGCAAUAUAAUGACUCGAAAUUUUCUACUAACAACUUAACGAAUUACAACAACAAAUAUUUAAACUAAACUUGCCAAUUGUAACUGUAAUAAUGUUAACUUUUAUAUGCGUCGGAUAAGCAACAAUUUUUGCUAAAUGAAAUAUACGUAUAUGUGAGAUAUACAACGUACGUAACAUAUGCAUAUGAUAAUUAUUACACAUUGUAUAAUCUAAUCAAGAAUUUAUACGCUACCUUUAAAUAAUUUGAUCGUUAUCCUAGCGUAUUUAGUUUAAUCUUAUUUUCUACACUCGGCAUUGCAAAUGUGUUAAAUUAGCAAUGUAACAAAUGAAAAAAUCGUAAAAACAUUUAAUGCCACACUAGCCUUAUUUUGUACUUAACAAGUAAAAAGAAACUCACGUCUAAGGCGUAAAGCACAA